CAGCUCAGGUUACCUCUCAAUAACCAACAUUUAGGUAAAGCAUAACCGGCAGAAAGGCACGAAUGAAUCCAAGAGUCAUUAAACAGGCCACUAAACGUUUUCCCUUCUAAAUCUACUGAUGGAGAGUAAAAAUCGAAAAGCAAGUCACAGACUCAAACAUCUUACUGGAUUCAUAUGACCAUACUUACUUCCAGUGGGUAGGCGGUCGCAAACUGAAACACGCCGUCCUCCUCCACUGUUUACACCAGGACUGGUCCAGCUCUGAUCAGUUCGGAUCGGAACCGCUGUCGGAAGUAGGUUUCUGGUCCACAUUUAUUGAAGAGUGACAUCCGGACGCGCUCUGAUCACACAACUAACUCUAACCUUUUCAGUUUUAAAGCUGAGGCCAUGUUUUCCAAGGCCACUGUCAACUUCGUCCGUCAGAUUGACCCAGAAGGAAGCCUCAUCCCCGUUUCCCGAGUAAAUGACUCCCACAAACUGCUCCCGAUGGCAAUCGUCGUCAAGCGCAACCGCGUCUGGGCCUGGCAGAGACCCAAGUACCAGCCGACCGAUUUCACCCUGGGCAAUCUUUUGCAGGGUGACAAGGUGCUCAGACCCGGAGUGUCCAAGACAGCAUUCCUGACCUACAAAGGAACGUUCAGUGACAAGCACUCCGGGAAGCUGGACACCGAAGCUGGUCCCAUCAACGUCAGUGUGGAGGGACUGGGGUCGUCCAAGCUGGAGUCGUUUUUUGGGAAGCUGAUGAAAGAGGAGCUGGAUGUAAAAAAGCUGUUGAAGGACUCCAGCAGCAGGUUAAUGGACAUGCAGCAUGUCCUGGUGCAGCAGCUGAAGAAGCACUCUGAAGUGCUGACAGUGGUGAAGGAGCGGAUCCUCACCACCAACUCGUGCUACGUCACCCUGACAAAAAAGCAGCAGUGCACCUUUCAGGGAGUACUGAGGUUGCUGGGCCUGCUUGGGAGCUCCAUGAAGGUGUAUGGAAAGGACAUCAACAACACUGAGGCAGACAGCGAUGUUUCCUUGGAGAUCCCCUCUGGUACAGUGAUCGCAUACAGCAUACUGGAGCUGGUGAUUAAAAAGAAUGGACACUAUGAUAUUUGCCUGCAACCCGGCACUAUCGGAGGUUUUGAAAGCGACUCCAUCCCAUUUGAUGAUUCGGUGGAUGGCAACUGCAACAGGCACAGGGCUCGGGAAGAUGCACCCAUCACUGUUUUUCACAAUGGAUGGCUAGAGAUGGACCUUUCUCCUCUGGCAGACCUCCCCCAGUCUUCUCGAUGUGACUUGAUCGAGAAGCUCCAAGAAGCUCUGAGGGACAGACCUACUCUGUCCUACCUACAGAUUGUGCUGGAGAGGGUGUGCGACUGUGAAGCAAUGCAAACCCCCAUUAUGGAUGAGAAGGAGGCAAUUCCUAGGAAUUCUACCACCGUGGAUCUCAUGGAAUCCUGCCGUGUCUCCGAAGGCGGCCCGAGUGACGUCCCUUCACACCUAGACUCAGCUUACCUGCUGGUCAGUGCCAUGGAAGAGCUGCCCGAUGACACACUUAACAUUUUGAGCAACAGCCAACCCAAUUUUCUGGCAGCCUUUGAUGUGCUGAUGUGCAGGUUAAAGGAGAGCAGUGGGAAUCUGUCCCUCCAGUCCCUUCCUACCGCGGUGCUGGACAACCAGGUCUUCCAGCAGGCAGAACAGCUUCUCAGCUCUAUCAGUGUAACGCUGAGCAGAGACGCUGAGCAGCUCUGGAUGGAGACAGAACACACUGAUGGGAUUCUCCUACUGCUCCUUGGACUUAGUGUGCAUGGACUGGCCUUGCUCUCCACUGGCCUGGGUUAGCUGCAGCAUCUGCGUGUGCAUGUAUAUGUUUUCUGUAUUGUGAUUUAUAGUGUUAUUUUUUUUUAUUGUGGACAGUUUUCCUGUUUGUUUGCUACAUAUCAUUACUUGACUCAUAUUUUUUCUCAAUUUUCAAAACUAUAUUAUUUAUGCUACAUAUAUGUCAUUGUUUUCUUAGUGGUUUUGACCCACAUGCAGAGAGUAACUCAGGAGGCAGGAGAAAAGUUUAAAAAGGUUUAUUUUUACAGGGAUGAAUAGUGGAACAGGAACCAGAACUGGAAACACCAAAUUGUCCAGGAGAGAUGAAGGGAGUACGUUACUCAGAGGAACGGAUGAAGACAGUAGCAGAAUGAUUUAAAUUAGCUUACUGGAGCUGGGGUUGAGCUUGGUUGAGGAAGAAUGAUGUGGAGCCUGGGAGAACGCUAAUGCAGCUGCUGAGUCUGCGAGUCAGUCCAAGGAGGAAGUGAAUUCUCAAGGGAAAGUUCAGGUGAGGUCUUGACAGUUUGAUUUUUAUGUGUGUUACUUGGUGAGGUUUCCAGAAGCUGCAUGUGAAGGUAUUAGAGGGUGAGCAGGGUUCGCUUACUGAAGGAGGUAGGCUUGAGCUGUUAGCUAGUAAUUGAGCCAGGUAAGUUUCUUGAAGGAUUAAAAUCUCUGACUGAGGCAGGAUCCAAGGCUGAGACUUUGAGCCAAUGCUGAAGGUUGCAGGAGCUUUAAGGCUUGGACUUGGAAGUCACCACAAAGGCAAACACUGAGGCACUGGAGUGCUGACAGCUCCACCUUCUUAUACUCCUCCAGAUGAGUGAAGAUGAGGAACACCUGCUACCGUCAGCACCAAGGGAUCUUGGCAGCAUCUAGUGGUGAGAAAGUGUUAGCAGCAGGCAAAAACAAUACAUGAAAACUCCCGACUCUGACAAUAUACACUGCCUGGCAAAAAAAGAAAAGGUCACACACUAAUAUUUCGUUCGACUAUCUUUAGCUUUGAUUAUGGCAAACAUUCGAUGUGGCAUUGUUUCGAUAAGCUUCUGCAAUGUCACUAGAUUUAUUUCCACCAGGCGUGGAAAAUCUUGCAUUAAUGAUGGUAGAGUCUGACUGCUGCACAAAGCCUUUUCCAGCACAUCCCAAAGAUUCUCAAUGGGGUUAAGGUCUGGACUCUGGUGGCCAAUCCAUGUGUGAGAAUGAUGUCUCAUGCUCCACUCUUUCACAGUUCGAGCCCGAUGAAUCCUGGCAUUUUCAUCUUGGAAUAUGCCCGCGCCAUCAGGGAAGGAAGAGUCCAUUGAUGGAAUAACCUGGUCAGUCAGUAUAUUCAGGUAGUCAGCUGACCUCAUUCUUUGAACACAUACUGUUGCUCAACCCAGACCUGACCAACUGCAGCAACCCCAGAUCAUAGCACUGCCCCCACAGGCUGGUGCAAUAGGCACUAGGCAAGAUGGGUGCAUCGCUUCACCCUCCUCUCUUCUUACCCUGAUGCACCCAUCACUCUGGGACAGGGUAAAUCUGGACUCAUCAGACCUCAUGACCUUCUUCCGGGCUACACAGCGUUCAGUCCCAAUCCCUUGAGUUCCCUUCACAAUGUGUGUCUGGAAAUGCUCUUACUUUCACUAUUAAACAUAAACUGGA